AUGGUCCAUUCGCAUUCACUCCUUCUACCGCUGUUCGGCACGGCCGCAAGUGCGGCGAACUUGUGGGCGACGCACUACUCCGGCACCAUCAACUACCUGUCGUUCAACAGCAAUGCCUUGACUCUCAGUAGUUCGGCCUCUACUGGCAACAAGCUGCCUAGUUGGAUCACAUAUGACAGUGCUGGAAAGGCGCUCUAUAUUCCAGAUGAGGUCUUCCAGGGCCAAGGAGGCGGAAACUUGGUAUCCUUCUCCACAGGUGCGAACGGCAACGUGACCUCGAUCGGAAAGGGCUCUACACCUCAGGGUGUGGUUGCGACAACGCUCUAUGGUGGUCCGGAUGGAAGAAGCUUCAUCGCGAAUGCCCACUACCAAACUUCGCAGUUGACGACCUUCAAGCUGCCAUUGACUGGCGGACAGCCGCUUCAGACAAUCAAGUACACUGGUAAAAGUGUCAACCCUUACCGCCAAGAAGCCCCCCACCCGCAUCAUGCUUUUGUGGACCCGUCUGGCGACUUCUUGAUUGUACCUGAUCUUGGAACCGAUAAGAUCAGGAUCAACAAGAUCGACCAGACAACUGGCAAUCUUACAGAGUGCGGUGCUGCUUUGCCGCCACCAGGAACAGGACCAAGGCACGGCGCCUUCUGGGCGCCAGCAGGAGCGAACUCGCGCGUUCGCCGGGCUGCAGACGGCACAGUGCUCUUCAUCGCCAACGAGCUCUCCAACAGCGUGUCGGCAUGGGCGGUGUCAUACCCCGCAUCGGGAGGCUGCAUGUCUCUGACCUUGAAGCAGACGCUCACACCGUACCAAGGCAAUGCCACCGCCGUUUCCGGUACCAAGGUCGGUGAGAUUAAGGUCAAGGGAAACUUCGUUUACACCAGCAACCGAAACGACAAGAAAUUCAAGCCCAACGACUCAAUCACCCAAUUCAGCAUCUCUCCUAACGGAAGCCUGACAUGGACUGCCCUCACAUCGUCCUACGGCACAUACCCGCGUACUUUCGACAUCAACAAGGCCGGUGACUUCGUCGCUAUUGGUGAUCAAACCACUUCGAACGUAGCUAUCGUACCAAGAGACCCGGCGACUGGCAAGUUGGGAGAGCGCGUUGCGGACCUUAGGAUCGGGGCUGCCGGCAUUCCGGAGAACGAGGACGGUCUCAGCGCGGUUGUCUGGGCCGAGUAG